GUGAGGUGGGGAGUACAGCGACGUGGGUCUGAAGAAGCUUCCUUUGUCUGUGGAAAUUCUGAGAGUCAGCAUUCUGGUUUUCCAAACAUUGAAGCAACUCUUUCCUUUAGGCAUGUAGCUCUUUCCAUGAGCAGAAUAAGACUGGAACCAAGGAAAGUGCAGGCCUUGGAACGAGGAAGCCAGGAUGGUCCGGGUGUCUUCCUCUCAACAUAUAUCAUGGCUGUGUAGAAUAGUGGCCUCUUCCACCAAGAGCCAAGCCUUCAGCAGCCAGGAGAAAAUGGACGUGAAGCCCCCCAGAUGGAGCCUAUACCCUCACCCCAGGUUCUGGGCACAGCUCUGGAUGGUUCUCUGCCCCACGCCUUGGAGCACAGAAGGAGAAAAUGAUGACAGCCGUUCACCCCAUCUUCAUCACAGCGAUUAUAGUGUAAUGCAUGCAGAAGCUGCCAAAACCGUCGCUGUGCACCGACGCCGGCUCUUCCUAUCGGCCGCUUCUGCAUCCAAGCAGAAGAGCCACCCUGAACCUCACGAGGAGUAUUGCUGUGAAUAUGGGUCGCUGUCCUAUCUGGUGCUGUGCUCCCUGGGGGGUGUCUUGAGCUGUGGUGCGACCCACACAGCAGUUGUGCCGCUGGACGUGGUGAAGUGCCGGAUGCAGGUGGAACCAGGCCGCUACCGGGGGCUUGUGCAAGGCCUUAAUCUCACCGUGCGAGAGGAAGGGCUGCGUGGUCUGGUCAAGGGGUGGGCCCCAACAGCCAUAGGUUACUCAAUGCAAGGGCUUGGCAAGUUUGGUCUCUACGAGUACUUCAAGAUCUAUUACUCUGACUUGUUGGGUCCUGAACAGGCAUAUCUGUGGCGAACCAGCGUCUACCUUGCUGCUUCAGCCAGUGCUGAGUUUUUCGCUGACAUUGCCUUGGCCCCAAUGGAAGCGGUCAAGGUACGAAUUCAGACCCAGCAUGGCUAUGCGAACACGCUGCGGGAGGCAGUUCCCAAGAUGUACUUUGAAGAAGGACUGUGGGCUUUCUAUAAAGGCGUGUCUCCAUUGUGGAUGCGCCAGAUCCCGUAUACCAUGAUGAAGUUUUCCUGCUUUGAACGAACGGUGGAGGCUCUGUAUAAAUACGUCGUACCCAAGCCGCGUGAUAAGUGCAGCAAGAUGGAACAACUUGGGGUCACGUUUGUUGGUGGCUAUAUUGCUGGCAUCUUCUGUGCUAUAGUCUCACAUCCAGCUGAUUCUGUGGUGUCUGUGCUCAACAAAGAAAAGGGCAGCACUGCCAUAGGUGUCCUCAGGAGGUUGGGCAUGUAUGGCAUCUGGAAAGGCCUUUUCACACGCAUCCUGAUGAUUGGCACCCUCACCGCCCUGCAGUGGUUCAUUUAUGACUCUGUUAAGGUUUAUCUUAGGCUGCCUCGCCCCCCACCACCUGAGAUGCCUGCUUCUUUGAAAAAGAAACUCUCUCAUAAAUAGUGUGUCACCUAUCCUGUUGUGCUUCAAGGAUGCCCUUGUACUAUAAGAAUUUCUAGUCCUUCUUCCAUGUGGCUCCCAGUGGACCAUGGAAAUUCAUUAUAGCCUUAUUCUAGUCUAAAAUUCAGCUGAAGAAUGCUCCAAUAAGCUGUUAAAUAAGCUGUUUAUAUCUACUCAGUGCAACUUUAAUGCAUUUUUUUAGCAGAAUAUCAUUUUUGAAAUUUUAUUUUGCUAUAAUUUGUACUGAAAAUACAUAGUACAUAAUGUGGUUUAGAGUUUUCUGAGGCUGUUAAAUAUUUUAUGGUUAACUAGUUAAUAGUAACUGCUAGACAAGUUGAUAGUUGUAAUACUGUUGUGAUGCUUAAAAUAUUACUGUGAAUUGGUCACGUUGUUAGUUCUCAGUAUCAGAUGCCAACUUGAUUCUGAUAUAAUACGUUGCAGAACCUUUGUAUGUUUGCUUGAUGUGAUUUUGGGGAUGAAGCAACAGAGUAUGCAAACUACAUACUCUUUAAAAUUUUACUCUUAAAGGCAGUGAUUGUUACAUUAAGGUAGAUGUUUGAAGAUCACAGAGCUUUACGGUGGUCCAAAGAGCCCAUCUAUGCAUGAUCAAGAGAAUGUGUACUUAUAGCAGGACUUUUUAUAUUCAUUUUGCAGGGCCCUGUACAUUACUAGAGUAAGCUACCUUACCGUAAGCUUUACUGUAAAUAUCCCCCCCCCUUUUUUUUUAAUUGACUUGUACUAGAGAUGGAAGUUAUUGUGCUGGAAAACAACAAAGCAGAUCCAUUCUACUUACUGGUGUGGUACAUCUUAGGACUGCGGUUAUUUUGUUUAUUGGAGAAUUUAUCCCCUUUGUAUAAAGAGCUAGUGGCUCUCAAUUUUGGGGCAACUCUAUUCUUCCUUUAGCAACCAUUCUACACGUUGCCAACCCAUUGGUAUUCAGCUAAAAUUCUGAAUGUAUAUGUUCUUUCCUCUAGCUUUCCCUUUCAUUUCACUUGGACUUACUGUUAUCAUAGGAAAUAAAGUUAUUUUGGUGAACUGUGCAAA